GUACGUUUCAUUUAGGCAACAACUGGGCUGAGAUUUGGGGCUAGGCCCAUGGAAGUGUGACAUAGCAGUCCUAAUGAUUUAUCUGACUACUUUUUAAUCUAACUAACCAUCAGAUUUGCUCCACAGUUAUUCCAACUGCCUACACAAAGCUGUAUUAUUUGCAAAAAAAAAACAAAAAUAAAAGUUAGACUUGCGUGCCAAACCACUGGUAAGUAUGUCAGAAGUGCACAAUACAUUACAGAGAUGGACUGAGAGCAAAGUUAACCAGAAGGAAGUAUGAUGCCCAGAGCUGAUAACGUGGGACCAUUUAACCCCGUGUGUGAGUAGACCUUCUAUUCACUUUGUGCUAAGCUCAACACUUCACAAUGUCUCAGCGUUCAUAUCGACCUUCAGAAACUGACGGACCAAAGGUGGUCCUGUGGGCAGCUUUCUUCGUCACUCUUACUGCAGUGAUUCUGAUCGUGCCAGCAGAGCCUUUCCAGUUAGGAAAUCUUCUAGUGGAUAAAAACUUUGUCAGAGAAGGAGACACGGUCUCCUUUAAAUGUCGAACAGAAUCACAGAACUCAGAAGUCAACAACUUAGUUCACCUGUACAGAAACGGUGAGAAAGUGGAAAUAGAGCCAAGUGACAUAGAGCUGGGUAUUACCACCUUCAAGCUGAAGGGCAUCACAAUGGCACAAGCGGGCAACUACAUGUGCUUCUAUGGGACAAUGACACCAGAGAACAUGAGAGUCACAGAGACAAACAACUUGGUCAGCCUGACGGUCAUAGAAUAUUUGCUCGUCCUGCAAGCAGAUAUAAAGAAUCUGCCCACGGGCAGAGCAGAUGUGACCUUCAAAUGCUUCUUUUCCAACUUGAAGAAACCGUCAAAGGGCUCCUUUGAGCUGCACAGGAAUGGAGAGCUGAUCAGCACCCAGCAUAUGAGUGGCAAACCUGGCGUUGAUUUUAUCCUUAAGGGAAUUAACGUGACAAGUUCUGAACAAUACGUGUGCAUGUGCAGAACAGAAGAUGAUUUCCCUUUGCGGAGUCAAACUUUUUCCUUUCGAGGACCAAACAAUUCAGAAGAAUCAUCAACAAGCCAAAAGAACCAAUUGACAGGCAAGUGUCUGCUGAAAGACGGGCAACUUUUUCAAAUCUGUGUCCAAUGA